GGCUGGCUGGCUCCUGGCUGCUGGCUCUUAUUACAAUGAUCUCAUCUGUCAUCAUAGAAAGGUUGUAUUUUCCACCGCCAUAACCACCCUCAGUCCACAGUCUGCCUCUAAAUUUAUAAGGGGAAACGCUCUUCAAGACCCCUUUAGAGUUUAGACAAGACAACACCCUUCAAGUGUUUCUCCAUUUUUUUGGAGCUUUUUAACAAAGGGAAGAAAAGAGAGAGAUCAAAAGAUGGGUAGCUUCGAAGAAGAUGAACUUGUUCAAAUGGUACAUGAUUUUAUAGAAUCAGAAUCUUCAUCCCCUCCAUCUAUUUUCACUACUUGUUCCACCUCAAACUCUCUUCCUCUCCGUCUCACCCACCAAAGCAAGUGUUUGUCUUUGCAGGAGAUCCUUAGGAGUGGGAUGGAAGCCGAGAGGAAGGUUCUUGAAAGGGUGCUGAAGCAUAUGAGAAAGACAAGAUCAGAUGGAGGAGCGAAGAAGAGUAGUAUUAAUGGUGAUGGGGUAAAUCAGUGGCUGGCGAUGAAGUUGAAAACGGAUGGUUAUGAUGCUUCUCUUUGUCAAACUUCUUGGGUCACUUCCUUAGGAUGCCCUGCUGGUGAAUAUGAAUAUAUUGAGGUUAUACUAAAAGAUGAUACUAAUGGUGAUCCAACGAGGCUGAUAGUUGACAUAGAUUUCAAGUCUCAAUUUGAGCUAGCAAGACCAACCCAAGAUUAUAAGGAACUUACAGACACAUUACCCUCCAUUUUUGUUGCAAAUGAGGAGAAGAUCAGCAAGAUAAUCAGUCUGUUAUGCUCGGCAGCAAAACAGUCCCUAAGAGAGAAAGGCCUCCAUAUACCUCCAUGGAGGACCACCACCUACAUGCAGUGCAAAUGGCUUUCUUCUACUUGUCGCAAGAUCAACACUAGGAUUACUACCGCUCCUAGCUCAGGGAUGGUAAAUACAGAAGCAGUAAAAGUAAUAAGUAAAACUGUUAAUGGUGGUUACAGUAAUGGUAAUUAUGGCAACUGGUCACCUCCCACGGUAAAACCCAAAAGAAGAGACGUGGGUGGUAGCGGCGGAGGUGACAGCACCAGCGGCGGCGGAAGAUCUGCCUUGACUAUCCAGUUUUCUGACAUGGGUAUAAAUUGUUGUACUUGAUAUAUCUAUAUAUGUACACAUAUGUGUGUGUUUUAAGGCUAAUUUUCACUCAAAAAAUGAAAAAGAAGAGCUGUUGUAGGCGCCACAGGUGAGUUUAAUCAGUAGUUAAUUUAAUUUUGCCUAGAGUUUUCUCAAAUUUUGACCGCUAAAGUAAAGAUGUACUGAGAUUGGCUUGGAUGAGUUUGAUAGAACAUUUCAAUUAA